UCAACAGGCGUCAGCCAACUACGCAGUUGGUAGAUUUCAUAGAUUUGGUGGAAAUUUCCGCUCCAAACAGUCGAAGCCCGGCGGCAGAGAGCGGCUCCGCUGCGGCUUCCCUUCAGCCGGAGGCGGGUUCAGGGUUCCGGGUUCCGGGUUCCGGCUCCGCGCCUCGUCUCAUCCCGGCGCUUCGGUUUGUGUCGCAGCGGCUUGUUUGUUGUUUCCGAGGCUCAUGGCGCUAGCAGCGAGCUAGCAGCGACUCCGCUCUCCGCUCUCCGCUCUCUCUCCGCUUCUUGUCUCGCUGAUGGAGCUCCAGGCCGGAGGACCGGCCGGAGCCUCGCUGCUCGGCGGCAGCAACGUGCCGGCCUUCCUCACCAAGCUGUGGACCCUGGUGGAGGACCCGGACACCGACCCGCUGAUCUGCUGGAGCCCGAAUGGAACCAGCUUCCAUGUGUUCGACCAGGGCCGGUUCUCCAAAGAAGUUCUUCCCAAGUUCUUCAAACACAACAACAUGGCCAGCUUCAUCCGCCAGCUCAACAUGUACGGGUUCCGUAAGGUGGUACACAUCGAGCACGGAGGUCUGGUGAAACCAGAGAGAGACGACACCGAGUUCCAGCACCCGUUCUUCAUCCGAGGACAGGAACACCUGCUGGAGAACAUCAAACGCAAAGUCACCAGUGUCUCCUCGGUGAGGCAGGAGGAAGUGAAGAUCUCGUCAGAGGAAGUGUCCAAGAUCCUGAACGACGUUCAGGUGAUGAAGGGAAAACAGGAAACCAUCGACGCCAAAAUCAUCGCCAUGAGGCAUGAGAACGAGGCUCUGUGGAGGGAGGUGGCCAGCCUCAGGCAGAAACAUGUCCAGCAGCAGAAACUUGUCAACAAGCUGAUCCAGUUCCUGGUGUCUCUGGUCCAGUCCAACAGAGUUCUGGGAAUGAAGAGGAAGAUCCCCCUGAUGCUGAAUGACUCAAGCUCCGCCCACUCGCUGCCCAAAUACAGUCGCCCGUUUCCCCUGGAGCACCUGCAGGCCUCCCCGGCCAUAUCGGCCUCAGCCAGCAUGUACUCAGCUGACACUCCUCUGAAGUCUGGACCAAUCAUCUCUGACAUCACAGAGCUGGCCACGCCCACAGCUAUAGAGAUCAGCAGCGACUGGACGGAUGCAGGAGAAAUCCCAUUGGUCCAUGUCAAGGAGGAACCGUCCAGUCCUGAGGUGGAGGAGGUGUGCCCUGUUCUGGAGGGAGGGGCCACGCCUGUAGACACGCCCCUUUCUCCCACAACAUUCAUCAACUCCAUCCUGCAGGAACAUGAGACAAACCCCUCCCACAACACAUCUACAGCCAGUCCUCUACCAGUCAGUCCCAUCUUUGCUUUGGACGCCUCCACCACAGGGCCCAUCCCACCAGCCCCGGCCAGCCAAUCGCAUCCCGCUGCGAACCCAAACCCCGCCCCCAGCCCCCACAGGUGUCUGAGUGUGGCGUGUAUCGACAGGUCGGAGCUGUCUGAUCAUGUGGAGACCAUCGACAGCAGUCUGGAGAACCUGCAGAACAUUCUGAACUCUCAGAAUCUCAGCUUUGACUCCUCCCCCCUGUUUGAGUUUUUCAGCUCCUCUUGUCCCAGUGGGGAAUUUGACCUGGACAGCCUGGAUACUCUGCUCUCCUCAGAGACCAAAACGUCCGACAACAGCAACAACUCCACUAGCGCAGGGAGGCAGCUGGUGCAGUACACGGCCACGCCCAUGGCGGCGUCUGACCUGGGCGAGGCCGACCUGCCCGCCCUGCUGGAGCUGGAGGGCGAGUCGUACUUCAGCACCGACCCCCCCUCUGACCCCGCCGCCGCCCUGCUCGCCGCGGCAGGCGUCCCGACCCAGACCCACCUGGACUCUGAUCUCUGACCUCUCACCUGCCCCGUGGACUUCCAGGCUGAUCUCUGACCUCCAGACUUCCUGUGGUAGACCAGCUUCUCCAAGGAGCUGUAAACGAAGGCGGGGCUGCGAUCUGCUCUGCACUGUAAGGAUCAGCAGACCACAUCGAUCACAGAACACCAAGACUACCUGAACACCUGGGCUCCUGAGCUGCUGAACACCUGGGCUCCUGAGCUGCUGAACACCUGGGCUCCUGAGCUGCUGAACACCUGGGCUCCUGGGCUCCUGGGCUCCUGAACACCUGGGCUCCUGGGCUCCUGAACACCUGGGCUCCUGAGCUGCUGAACACCUGGGCUCCUGAGCUGCUGAACACCUGGGCUCCUGGGCUCCUGGGCUCCUGAACACCUGGGCUCCUGAGCUGCUGAACACCUGGGCUCCUGGGCUCCUGAAUGGACACCAACCUUUUAUUUCUAGCAUGAUCUGCUGG